GGGAUCAUAUCGAUCGAGCCAUGUGGCAUCACGUACUGGCUCCUCUCAUCAACUCAAAUCCCACUCACACUCUUCUUCACUCUUUGGAUCUGCUUAAGUGACAAUGUUCAAGGCAACCAGUGUUCAGAUCACCAUGUCUCAGUAAAGGACGUAGAAGAUUUGAGAUCAUAUGAUGGAGGAAGAGCAAACAAAUGUAUGUUUCCUGUAAUGGCUCUACUAGCUGGAGUUUUAGGAGGUGUUUUUGGUAUUGGAGGCGGUAUGCUCAUUAGCCCUCUCCUCCUCCAAGUUGGCAUCGCUCCCGAGGUAACUGCAGCGACAUGUUCUUUCAUGGUUCUGUUUUCAUCCACAAUGUCUGCUAUUCAAUACUUGUUACUAGGCAUGGAACAUACCGGAACCGCUUGUUUAUUUGCGAUUUUAUGUUUUGUGGCAUCACUCGUUGGACUAAUGGUGGUUCAAAAGGUAAUAACUCAGUUCGGAAGGGCUUCGAUCAUAGUGUUCUCCGUUGGUAUUGUCAUGGCAUUGAGUAUUGUGUUGAUGACAAGCUAUGGAGCCCUUGACGUUUGGAAUGAUUUUGUCUCUGGUCGUUACAUGGGGUUUAAAUUACCUUGUUGAGACUAACCAAAUAAAGUUUUGGUUAAUAGUCAUAAUAGAUGUGUUUAUCCAUCAUGUUCUAUCAUGAUUUUGUGUUGCUCUUUAUUUUAUUUUUGUAUGAAUUUAAGAAAUAUUCAGAAUGCACAUCUCGUGCAUUCGAAUAUAUGGUCCAAAGAAAAAAGUUGUGUUGUAAUCUUGUAGUCAUGUAGACUGAAAUAAUCAUAUCAAAUUUUAUGCA